UUGUACUGUAAACAAUUUUUAGCUUUUAGCAAACAGUUGUACUCUGAACUUAAACGGGUCUACACAACGUUUUUUUUAACUUAAUUAAAAAAUAAAAAAUAAACAAAAACAUUAUGGAACGUUGGCAUAAUCGUGUAGCUGUAGUAACCGGUGCCAGUUCGGGCAUUGGUGCAGCUUGUGUUAAAGCAAUUUUAGCUGCCGGUGUAAAGGUCGUUGGUCUGGCCAGACGUGUUGAACGCAUGGAAGAACUUAAGAAAUCCCUACCUGCUGCACAACAAAAUAGAUUUUUCUAUCAUAAAUGUGAUGUCUCCAAAGAGGAGGAUGUUAACACGGCGUUUGAUUGGGUCGAAAAAACUGUAGGUGGUACUGAUAUUUUGGUAAAUAAUGCCGGUACCAUACGUGAGGGUAAUCUAGUUGAUAUGCCCAUGCAAGAUAUUAAAGAUGUGGUGAAUACCAAUUUAAUGGGCGCUAUUUAUUGUACACAGAAUGCUUUCAAGAGUAUGAAAGCUAGAAAUUCUGCUGGACAUUUGAUUUAUAUUAACAGUACUGCCGGUUUACCGGGCUAUAAUCCUGGACCCGAUUAUCCCAGUUUAAAUGUUUACACCCCCACGAAAUUUGGUUUGAAUGCUUUAAAUGAAAUUUGCCGUCAAGAAUUGAUUACUUUGAAGAAGAAAAUCAAGACAACUAACAUCAGUCCCGGUUGGGUGGCCACCGAAAUUGUACCCGAUGAAACCAAAGAAAUGUUGGGUGAUGUCAUACUUCAGGCUGAUGAUGUUGCUCAAGCUGUUAUGUAUGCUUUGUCCACUGCCCCUCAUACACAAGUACAGGAGAUAACAUUGAGAGCUGUAGGUGAAUGGUAUUGAGUGGAAAGUCAAAGAUAAGAAUAGGUCUUUAUAUACAACAUAAAAACUAUGGUUGUUCUUGACCACCUGCUGUAUAUAGUUUUUAAUAUAAAUGUAAAAUAUGUUUGUAAUUUAAUUUUUUAUAAUAAAAAUUUAAAAA